AUGGCCUCACCCUCAUCCACAGACUCCCUCCGCAAACGCCGCCCCUCCAACUCGCUCCUCUCAGCCGUCAAGCACGCUGAGCAAAAAGUCGAGCAAAAGCUCCUCCUCCUCUGGGACGACCUCCCCGCCUGGCGCCGCGACAACGCCUUCAUCCUCUCCGGCUACCGGCCCAUCCGCCCGUCCUACGCCGAGUCCGCCCGCUCGCUCUUCUACCUGCACAACGAAUUCGUCAACAUCUGGUCGCAUCUCGCCGGGGCCAUCGUUGCCAUCAUCACGGCGACGUGGCUGUAUCUCGUGAUUCAUCCGCGCUAUGAGACGGCCAAUUCGUCGGAUGUGCUGGUCUUUGCGUGCUUCUUUGGCAGUGCCGUGGUGUGUCUCGGCAUGAGCGCCACGUAUCAUGCUUUGACGGAUCAUAGCCAGGAGAUUGCCAGAUGGGGAAAUAAAUUAGACUACACGGGCAUCGUGGCCUUGAUUGUGGGAAGCUACGUGCCGACGCUGUACUAUGGCUUCUUUUGCCAUCCUAUCCUGAUGACGGGAUAUCUGUAUCUGAUAUGUAUCCUCGGUAUUGGAUGCGUAGCCGUCUCCUGGGUCGACAAAUUCAGAACCCCCGCCUGGAGACCCUACCGUGCCAUGAUGUUCAUCAGCCUAGGCCUCUCAGGCAUCAUCCCAAUCUGCCACGGCUUCCUCAAAUUCGGCUACCAGUCUCUCGAAGAUAGAAUGAGCCUCAGCUGGGUCGUCAUGCAAGGCCUCAUGUACAUAUUUGGCGCAGUCCUCUAUGCGGCUCGCUGGCCAGAGAGAGUCUAUCCUGGAGCUUUUGACAUCUGGGGCAGCUCCCAUCAGAUAUUCCACAUGUUUGUCCUCUUUGCGGCGGCCACGCACUUUUACGGCAUGACAAAAGCGUUUGAUCACCAUCAUGCGGGCAUGGGUUCCCAGUGUUUGUAGGUAUAGAAAAGACAAGUAGAACAUAGAACUGGCACAUACAUACAUACAUACAUACAUAUAUAUAUAUAGACACGGCAUUUGCGCCGAGAUUUCACC